AUGGCAUCCUCCUCGGCAUCGCCCCCACAGCUUACGGCUCCCGAAACGAAUCCACAGACCAAAGCCCAGCCCCCCGAUGAAACCAUGGCAGAGAUACGGCCCUGCAGCCCUCUCGAUGGGCCCGAUCCCGAUGAUUCGAGGAAAGACCGGGAUCUGACCGAUGCCCCUGAAACGGGCAGCACCGACCGAGCUCAAAGGCAGAAGUUUCUUACGGGAAGCAAAUUGCAUCUAGUUUCAACAGCCUUUGGCAUAGCCAAUAUCAUGGUUGCCCUAGACAGCAGUAUUCUCGCGACCGCAUUACCAACCAUAAGCUCAAAUUUGGGGUCUACGAAUGAUAUUGGAUGGUAUGGCAGUAGCUAUCUGCUCGCUCAAAUGGCCUCGCAGCCAAUUUGGGGAAUGAUCUAUACUUGUUUUGAACCGAAGCGUACUUAUCUGCUGUCUCUUGUCAUCUUCGGAGUAGGCUCUAUACUUUGUGCAGUAUCUCCUAUCUCUGCUUGCCUUAUAUUGGGCCGCUCUGUCACCGGCUUUGCCGCUUCUGGGCUACUAGCAGGGAGUCUUUCCAUAUUUGGACAAGUCGUGCCACUACGACAACGACCGCAAGGUAUGGCAUUGAUGGUCAGCAUUAGUAAUAUUGCGUCGAUGAUGGGAAGUACGAUCGGUGGUGUCAUUACCGAUUCUAUCCUGACCUGGCGGUUCUGUUUUUGGAUAAACGUCCCUCUUGGGGUUGGCUGUGCUAUAGUCAUAGCAUUUAUUUUAGAACGCAAGCUACAUCCCGAUCAAAAGCUUCCUCUAAAAGAGAAGCUAUAUAAAAUUGAUCUAUUCAGCUUCCUGCUAUUAUUAUCAAGUCUAACUUGCCUAUUUUUGGGCUUUGAAUGGGGAGGUCUAUCGAUUUCCUGGUCGAACCCAAAGGCAUGGGGAUGCUUACUAGGGUUUGCCCUUCUAGGUAUUGCUUUCAUUGCUAUACAGGCAUAUAAAGGAGACAAGUUAGUAUCGAAUCCUCUAUAUUACACCAAGUUGAUCAUCAAGUCUGACUAUCAAGUAUCCAAUAGUGCCGUAAUUAACUUAAAAUUCAUGCGCCAACGCACUAUAGUAGUGUGCUAUCUCUUCUCGUUUUUUUACGGUCUAGCAAUCUCUACGCACCAAUGGUUGCUACCGACAUAUCUUCAGGUUAUUCACUAUACCUCAGCCACCCUUUCUGGUGUUAUAUGCUUAGCAUUCUCUAUUCCAAUGACCAUCUUCGGCUUAUCUACGGGUUUCUUCACCACGAGAUUCGGUUAUUACGUCCCCUUCAUGUGGGCAGGGUCUGUGUUGUACGUCGCUGGAAGCGUGCUCUUGUUCCGACUGGAUGCAGAUAGUAGCCCUGGUCAUUACGUCGGUUACCAGAUACUAGCUGGUGCAGGCUGUGGAAUGGCUAUCCAGGUCACUUUUAUCGCGGUUCAGGUCGUGGUGUCGCCUCAUGAUAUGGCCCAUGCUUGCAAUAUGGAAGUGCUGUUCCGCCAACUCGGUAGCUCCAUUGCCAUUAGCUUGGCCGAGAAUAUUUUUCUGUCAAGCGUAACCUCACCACUUGAGAAAAUUGUGCCUGGGGAGAGCUCUUCUAUUCUGGCUACCGGGAUCCGUUCAUUCGUGCAGCUCACAAAAAGUCUCCCGUCUCAAGAGCAGUUAGAGGUGAAGAAUCUUCUGGACUAUGGUAUUACACAAGCUUUCAUUCUACCGCUCGUGGCCACCUCGGCUGCGGCAAUUGCUAGUUGGGCAAUUGAGUGGAAAAAGAUUGAAGAAGAUAGGGAGCCCCCGGUUCUUAUGGAGAUGAGUUGA